AUGGGGCGCUUGACCUUUGAGAAUAAACACAGGCUAUUGAGAGUGAACGAGAGCGAUUGUUUCAUUUACACAUGUGGCGGGACGUUAAAAGGAAAAAACGGGACCAUAGAAAGUCCCGGAUAUCCACACGGAUACCCAAACGGAGCGAACUGCACGUGGGUUAUAGUGGCUGAGGAAAGGAAUAGAAUUCACAUAGUUUUUCAAUCCUUCGCCGUGGAGGAGGAGUACGACUUUUUAUCUUUAUACGACGGGCAUCCUCACCCCGCCAACUUCAGAACGAGGUUAACAGGAUUUCAGGUUCCCGCUCCAGUCACAAGCACAGGCUCCGUUUUCUCCCUGCGUCUCACCAGCGACUUCGCCGUGAGCGCCCACGGCUUUAAAAUCUAUUACGAAGAGCUCCAGAGCAGCUCCUGUGGAAACCCAGGCGUUCCUGCCAAAGGGAUUCUGAACGGCACACGGUUUAACGUGGGUGACAGGAUCCAGUACCGCUGUGUGCCCGGGUACACACUGGAUGGUCAUGCUCAGCUCACUUGCGUCACCAGCACAUCCAACGUGGCUGCGUGGGACUUCCCCGUACCCAUCUGCAGAGCGGAGGACACGUGCGGAGGAACCUUCCGGAGUUCCAGCGGCGUGAUUUCCAGCUCGGACUUCAAGAACGACUACAAGAACAGCGGAGAGUGUACGUGGACCAUCGUGGCUGACCCUGGAGACACCAUUUCGCUCGUCUUCACCGACUUCCAAAUGGACAACAAGUUCGACUACUUGGAGGUGGAAGGAUCAGAGCCGCCGUCGAUAUGGUGA